UGACGAACAAUGUACGAUCAGUUUGACAUUGAGAAUAACCAAACCUUUUUACAGCUUUCGUAAAGCGAUCAAACCAAGCAGUCUCAGGGUACUGCUUGAGACCAUACAAAGAUUUUAUCAAUUUGCAGACUCUGUUGAUAUUGGCUUGAGUCUCCAAUCUAGGAGGAAUUUUCAUAUACACCUCUUCUUCUAAAUCACCAUUGAGAAAGACAUUCUUUAUGUCCAGUUGAUGAAGACACCAGUCAUGGUGAGCAGCCAAAGAUAAUCAAUACCAUAGGAUUGUGUGAAACCCUUGGCAGCAACUAAUCGAGCUUUGUAUAUUUAACCGUAAAAAUCCAUUUACAGCCAACUGGAUUUUUGCCUUUUGGUAAUUCAGUGAGUUUCCAUGUAUCGUUCUUUUCUAGGGCCCUAACUUCUUCCAUGAUAGCGGUCUUCCAUUCAGGUACUUGAAGUGCUUCUUGGUUAUUAUUAGGAAUCUGAAUCUCAUCAAGCUCGGUAACAAAUGCACGAUAAUUUGGUGACAAGCCUUUAUAGGAAAAAAAAUUGUUAAUAGGGUGUGUCGUACAAGAUCUUGCCCCUUUCCUACGUGCAAUAGGUAAAUCAAGAUCAGACAUGGUUCAACAUCAUGGCUUUGCUCAACAUGUGUUUGAGACUAUAUCUUCUUGAGGUCUCUUCUUUCUCCUUGAGUAGACAUUCUUCACAGUUUGAGAUGGAAUGGAAUCAAAGUUGGAAUCACUUGUCUGCGUUUCAUGGCUGGGAUCAACAUGGUUAGGCUCAAUUUCAAUGGGUAAGGAUGGUGUAGAUGUAGGCUCAAUGGGUAAGGAUGGUGCAGAUAUAGGCUUAGUUUUGACUGGAAGAGGGAUGGAAGUUGAGGAUAUGGGUCCAGUAGGAGAGGAUAUAGGCUCUGUUUCAGAUAUAGGCUCAGUUUCGACUGGAAGAGGGGUGGAAGUUGAGGAUAUGGGUCCAAUAGGAGAGGAUGAAGAGGAUAUAGGCUCUGUUUCAGCGGAAGAGAAUAACACUUGUAUCCUUUUUGAUUUGAAGAAUACCCUAAGAAUAAACAUUUGAUUGCCCUUGGAUCAAGUUUAUUUUAGUUUGGUUGUUUAUUAUGGACAAAAGCAGUACAACCAAAUAGCUUGGGUGGGAGAAUGGAGAGAAGACGAGUAUUAGACUAUAAUUUUCUGUUUCUAUUUUUUUCCCUUUCUUUUCUGUCCUUUUAUUCUCUGCAUGCUUAACAAAUUUUUCUGUCUGAUUGUGCUGUUUUAGGAAGAUGAUGAACAGACAAUUGAGGAAGAUGAGGCUCUUAUAACUAAAGAAGAAAGGCAGGAGGAGCUGGUCGCUUUGCAAAAUGAAA